AAUAAUUUUGCUACAGCACAGACCAGGAGAAACUCUAAAUAAUAUGUUUCGCUAAACACGUGAAACCUCUUUCAAUGCUGUAAAACAUCAAGCUUCCCGAUUGCAUUCUGUAAAUAAUUUUGCUACAGCACAGACCAGGAGAAACUCUGCAAAUAAUACGCUUCACUAAACACGUGAAAACAAAAGCAGAAACAUGUAUCCAGAUACGAUACUCGGUGUCCUGCUGAUUUCUGCUGUUGCUGCUGCCGAUAUCAAAGUAACUCAAAGCCCACCGGUUAUCGAACUAACAGAAGGAGAGGAGUUUCAACUCACCUGCACAUUUACUACACCUGAAACGACAACACUGUUUGCCGUCGCGUGGUACAAGGAAGUAUUGGAUUGUGAAAGCUGUAAAGUUAUGAACAAAUCUGGAGAAUUUAUUGGUAGAGUCUUGGAGGAAAGUCAAAUAUCUUUAAGACGAAAUCAAGUUACAGUCAUGGACGCAAGACAGAAUGAUUCUGGGAUAUAUUAUUGUGAAAUAGAAUCAAUUCAGUUUGGCAAAGGAACCGGGACGGGCACACGGGUAACAGUAAAAGCUGUACACGACAGAAAUACUGCACAGCACAGCCUGGUCAUUUUCUCUUCACUGUUGGUGGUCAUUGUAUCGCUGCUGCUAACCGCAGUUCUUAUCACCUGGCGUCGCUGCAAGCAUCAAGGGAACGAUGUUAGUUGCGAUACUAGGAAGAACUCCCCUGCUCGUCCGCGGAGUAUUGAGAGAACAUCGAGAACUCGAGAGGAAGAACAGGUAAGAAUGGGAGGUGCAUCGAACAAUGUUGCUUACGCUGACCUGCGCAUAGUGAAACCCAAAACGAAUCGUACGGAGAAUCACAGGAAGGGUCAAAGCGCGGGUGCUCCCUCACGGACGUCUCAAAGGGACGAAGACACCGUUGUGUAUGCGACCGUGGGACCACGUAGUGAAAUAAGGAAUCAAAAACGGGCGCCAAAGAGACCUCCAACUGAGAUGGAAAAACUGUUGGUGUAAGGGAUGAUUUGGACUCCGAUGCACCAGUAAUGGCCCAGGCAAUGAAUCGGCAGCCUGCGAUGCUAAAAAGGUGUAAAGCUGGUCAAGAGCAUGCACAUGAUUGGGAUUUUAAUGAACUCAAUUUGACAACAUGAUCUAUGGACUUUAAUACAAAAUGCAGAGUGCAGCGGAGUUUUCAUUUUUAUCCUGUAAAUUAUGGAGUCCUGCAUGUUGCAACUGAUUACAAUUACUCAAAUGUUCAUAAGUAUGCGAUCUUCUUACUAUUAUUUUACCUUGUAUUUUGGCUUUGGUUGUUUGUAACUGUCACGAAAAUACAAUAAUUUGUACAAUAUUUUUCUGGCUUAGCGUAAAGUAGAUUUAUGGGUGAUUGCGUUGUUCUCUCUUUGUAUGUGAUUUAAUUGUAUCUUGUAGCCAAGCAGACUGCAUGUUGAAGUUAUCAAAAGAAAUAAGGUGUGGAAAUGUCUUUUAUAUGUUAAUGAGUAAAUAUGGUGUCUUAACAUGUAAGGUGUGAAGGGAAUUUGUAUUUGUAGAUAGACGAAGAGGGAUUGGUUUUCAAAGGGAUCUCAGCCUGUUUACAAAGAGCCGGACAAGCAUGUAAGGAAUGUGUUUAUGUUUCUGAAAGGCUAUUAACAAUAUAUAGUAGCAACAUGAAAAGAUUUACAUUCCGAGAAAGAUAAAGUUCCAAAGACAUAUGGGCAAUGUAAUUUACACAGUAAAAGGGUGAAACAAGUAUAAAAAGAAUGAGGCUAUGUGUCAGAGAAGGCGUUGUAAAAUAUACCAGAAGUGUGAAAAGCUUCCAGUAUUUGUGCAUCAAGUCUGCUGUCUACAGAAACCGAAGCUGAGAAAGCCAUUUUGAAUUCUACUGUCUAGGGCAUUGUGGCUGGCAUGAAAAUAUAAUAACUUUCGUAAUAUUAUUGUGUUUUAUUGGGAAAGUGGAUUAAUGAUGGGGCUUGGACUAGUUUCCUUCAGUGUGUAUGGGGAGGGCAUUGUGAUUGAAUUGGACAGCUAGUCUGGAGGCUUUGAGUUUUCAAAAAUACGCUAGGUUUGAAAUGCUCAAUACGUAAAAUGGCUGAAGUUUUAGAAUGUGGGGUGUAAGAAAAGUUUGCAUUUAGUUAAAUUAGGAUAGUUUGAAUUUCAAAGAUUGGUAAGAUGUUACACCUAGCCAGAAGGAACUAAGCCACAUCGUGUGUUUAUUUUUCCCAAAAGUCACUGAUAAAAAAAUAGCGCUAUGAAAGAUUUAUUUUAUCAGAAAAUUAAAGUUGCAAACACAUAUGGGAACAAUGGAAAUUACAAUAAAAUGGAGAAACUUGUAUAAAGGAGGUGAGGCUUUAUGUCAGAAGGGAGAAGGCAUUCUAAGAUCUAACACAAAUGUUAAAAGCCUCCAGUCUCCGUGCACCAAGUUGCUGUCUACAGGAACAGAAGCUGAGAAACCUUACCUUGAAUUCGACUGUCCAGGGUAUUGUGUGUCUUUGCCUGGGUAUGUUCAAAUGUAUUUGAUUUUACUAGUGCCCUAACAGAGGUGUAACUGGGAGCCAGGCUAAUUAGGGGCUUUAGGAGUUAUUAUAGUCGUAGUUUGUAGACCUGUGUAUGUGCUUGAAAUCUUUUCUUUUGUUAAUAAAUUUAAGUAAAUUUAGUUUGCUAAAAAA